CCCUCGGCCUUCCAGACCCCCGUGAGGAAACGGAUCAGAGCCUUUCCCGAGGCUCCUUCCCCCUCCCGGAAACCCGGCAACAAGCGCUUUGCUUCCCAGAUCCGCUGGUCUCCCGGCUCCGGGGACGAGACGAAGGAAAACAGGGAUGUCCCGGGGAAAACGGGGAUUCCCAGGAGGUUGGAGAUCUCCCCGCUCCAGGGGGAAUCUCCCGGGAAAUCAUCCCUCAGCUCCUCCUCCUCCUCCAAGCCCCACGUGCCCGUGGGGGCUUUUUAUGGCAAAGGGAAGAACUACGUGGACCCCGUGGAGAGGAAGAAGCUCCAGGAGAUCCAGGUUUUGGGAAGGAGGAGCGGGGACGGGAAUGUCCCGGCUCCGGGCAGGGUGGGGAACAGCAGCGGGAAUUGCAGCGGGAAUGGGGGCAGGAAUCCCAAGCCCAAGGCGGCCAAACACGCCCCGAAUCCCAAACGGGGCCAGAGCGUCCCAAAGCCGAAGAAAACCAAGGGAGAGAUCCCGGCGGGAAAGGCGAGCGCGGAGAGGGAAGCCGGGAAUUGCCUGGUCCGGAAAAAGAUGGAUUCUCCCUUCCGGGUGCUGAGCAUGAGGGUGAAACCGGCCCUGAAGCUCCGGCUGGGAGCGGCUUUUUUCGCUGCCGGGAAGAAAUCCCACUCCAGGAAAAACCCCGGAGACCCCAGGGCUCUCCAGGCCCUUCCCAAAUCCCCGCGGGACAACGAGGAGCCGGCGGAAAACGCGGAGCCCGAGGGUGGAGGAGAAACCCCCCCGGAGGAGGAGAGGGGGGUGUCCCCAAGGAUUCCUGAUUCCCAGGAGGAGGGCAGGGAGAACAGGGAGAGCUCCGGGAAUCCGGGAGAGCCGGGACACGGAGGAGAAGCAUCUCCAGGGAAAACUGGGAAUGUGCCCUGCGCUUCCAGGUCCGGAGCGGAGGGAGACGGGGGCGCUGAUGGGCCCAGCUCCUCUCCAGGCUGGGAAUCCCGGGAUUGUGUCGUCCUUUCCAGCCAAUCUCCCCCCAGAGGGAACAAACAGGCUUCUCCCUCCAAAGCCGUGGUGUAUCCCAUAUUCUCUGCAGCCCUGGCCAGCAAGAAAAGGCCGCUGGAUGAGAUUCCACCUCCAUUUGGGAGCAGCCCGCCUGGAAAAGUCCCUCACACCUCCCAGAAAAGCAGGAAGGCCAAGGAGCUCUGCAGAGGUUCCAGGGAUCAGAUGAUCAUUGACGCGGGGCAGAAGCACUUUGGAGCCAUCGUGUGCAAAUCCUGCGGGAUGAUCUACUCGGCCGCCAGCCCGGAGGACGAGGCCCAGCACAUCCAGCACCACGAGAGGCUCCUGGAGGGGCUCAGAUACGUGGGCUGGAAGAAAGAGCGAGUUGUGGCGGAGUUCUGGGACGGGAAGAUCGUGCUGAUCCUUCCCACCGACCCCAAAUACGCCGUCAGGAAGGUACACGAGUGUUUGGGUUGGGAUUCCUCCUGGACAUGAGCUCUGUGCUGGCUCAGGUCCCCAAACC